AACAAGAACUCAAAAACCGUCCAUUUCCGCUCUACUUUUGCUGCAUUUUCUUUGUUUUGGUCAUCUAUGGCAAAACUUAUGGAAGAUCAGAGGCAACUCUUCCGUUCCCGGCUUCCUUGGCUAUCGGCCACUAUGACUCCCCUUCUGGCAACCGAACCCGACCAAGCCCCUGCUCAGCCAGCGACCAACAUUUCUGUUCAGCGGCCACCAUCUCGGCCACUGUGGAUAGCCACGUUACGGCCAUCUCUUUUUCAGGUUCAAGAAACAUCACCAAGAACAGAAACUCAGGCAACUGCACCCUCACGGGCAGCUGGUGAAACAAGGGCUACUUCCCAACCAGCAUCACCAUCUGAACCAACAACUCAAACCAGGGAUGUUCUGAUGCCUCCAUCACCGUCUAGAGGAGCCACUGAAUCUAGUGUCGCUCAUGAUUCCGUGAUGACUGAGGCAGUUUCUAAACCCCCCUCUUCGCCAAAGCAAUUGCCAACAACAAAAGAAGAGAGUCUCCAGCCCCCACCAUCUGCGUCACUAGAGGAACAAACAGCAGCAGCACCACAGCAACCAUCAGAGGAAACCCCAACUGAAACAGCCAUUCAACAGCCACCUGCAAUUACAGCACAGCCUCCCCAAAUAUCUGCUUCUCUAGAAGCACCACAGCAACCGUCAGUAGAGGCUCAACCAAAAUCAGAAAGCACAUCUCAGGAGGAAACCCCAACUGAAACAGCCAUUCAACAGCCACCAGCAAUUACAGCACAGCCUCCCCAAGCAUCAACCCAGGUGACAGAAACUGCAUCAAAUCUCACAGAGGCUACAGAGACGCAUGCUGGAUCAUCUGAGUCGAACAAAAGGGAAGACGGGAUGAAGGUUGAAGAGCAAACCCAAGAGAGAGAGCCAGUCCGCCCUUCAUUAGAAGCGGAAGAAACGCAGGAGAAAACACAAGAAGAUGACACAAAAAAACCAUGGACAACUGCAAUCACUGAUGAGAAGGAAAUUGAUACAGAUCGAAAGGAGGGGCACAAACUAGACAAUUCUCAUCAAAAGCAUGUUCCUGUUGAAGGGGAACGAGUUUCCCUUCAACAAGGAAUCAUUGAAGAUUUUUCCAAGUUAGUUCAAAAGCUAACCGCAGGGCAUGCAAAGCUGCCUAUGGGCGAAAAACCAGGCAGGCUCCUAACCCUCACUGGAGAAAACAAAGGAGCACUUAUGUGUCUGGGAAUAGAAUCAGGGAAAAGGAAGGAAUCGGUGCAGAGUCACGGCGGUUACAAUGCAAACCCAGAUGACAGUCCUGAAGCAACUACAGAUGGAGAAAUAAGCUACUCGGGAGAACAGACUGAUGAUUCAAUGACCGAAGAAGAUUCAGCAUCAAAUACAUAUGUCAACAGUAACACACAGAGCAUCGGUAAUUCAAUCGUGCUCGACUGUUCUGUAACCGACAGAAAUCCGGGAGUGCAUUUGACAUUUUGUCUGAAUUUGUCAGAAGAUUCAGAACAAACCGUGCCAAGUACCAAGUCAGAACUCUUUGAGACAAAGAAGGAUGAGUUUAACAUUACCCCUGCUGAGUAGGAACAAGAGCAAGAAGACGAUGCCUCAGGGGACUUUUCCUGGAACAAGUGACUUGGAGCCGGAUAACCCUGAGAAGCCUCGUCGUCAUGGAUGUCAGUGUCACUGCGAAAUAAUUGCAUUCUAGUGUG